AAAUGGUCACAGUUAAAUAUUUACUUGUAAUAACGGUCCUUCUACGAGUAUAUUGUGAUCCAGCAAAUGUUCGUAAACGAUCAGAAAGAAACACGAAAUAUAUCAGAAGUUCAAGAUUACGUAUUAAAAGAGCUUUGGAGGAAAAUGAUUUCAGGGCAAUAAGUUUAGAAAAUGAAGACGAUUGCGGCUGUAGCUUGAAAAAUUUGAACUUACGUGAAUUAUGGAGCGAUCCACCGUUGAGGAGGAAACUACCGGAAAAGGAUUUGAAUAUUAGAAGAAAAAGGAGUCCAUCAGCGUCUGAUGUUUGGAAAAUAUUCAAAACAAAAAUGAAAAAUACAACCUACAAAAUUACAACCUUCAUUAAAUGCUGGGGAGACAAAUUUAAAAAGAAAAUAAAAAACAGUUUGCGUCUAUAGAACACAAGAUAUUUAUUCAACUAAAUUUGUUCUUUUUUAGCGAAUAGCCAA